GUUAUCGAGUAAUUUAUUAAACAGUUGACUUACGCGUCUUUCGAACGUACCUUCCUUCCGUCGUUACGUUAAGAAGGGUAAAAAUGUUUGGCAAAAUAUCGAAUAAUCUUAUUAUCGUGUGCUUGGUGUUUGUGUGCCUUGAUAAGUCAGCUAAUGUUCAUGGCGGUGCUACCGAAGAACAGAUGAGAUCCGCUGCAAAUUUGAUGCGCGAUGUUUGUUUGCCGAAAUUUCCAAAAGUGAACAAAGAGACGGCGGAUGAGAUACGUAAUGGUAAUCUACCUGAUAACAAGGAUGCAAAAUGUUAUAUAAAUUGUAUUAUGGAAAUGAUGCAAACGAUGAAGAAGGGCAAGUUCCUUUAUGAAGGCGCUUUAAAGCAAGUAGAUUUAUUAAUGCCCGAUUCAUAUAAAGAUGAGUAUCGUCCAGGUUUGGCUAAAUGCAAAGAUUCCGCAAAUGGUAUCAAGAAUAAUUGUGAUGCAGCCUAUGCCGUUUUGACUUGUUUGCGUUCGGAGAUCACAAAAUUCGUUUUCCCUUAAAUUUUCUCUUAUAUUUUUCAUUGUUCUUAUUCUUUUUUCUUUU